AGGGGAUGCUGGGCAGUCUCGUUUCUGACCCCCAAACGCCGCCUCCAAUCAAUGCCGCGAUUAAAAUAUUAAAUUCUGUUUCUAAAACAUUACUACUAGACAUUAGUAAUUAAACCAUGUGGUUACAAUUAAAUAAAUAAAUAAUACGUGGUUUAUUUUAUCUAUAAAAUUUUAAUAGUUCCGUACAAGUGCCUAAUCUUUAGCCUAAGACAGACAGGACUUCCAAGGAUCUCGCUCGCUUCCAGUUUCCAUAUUUUUUUUUAAUCGCCAGACUUUUAAUUAACACAUUGAAAUGGCGGAGUUCAGAGGGUACCACAUCCCGUCAUUCGGCGCGACGGUGAACGUCGUGUGGGAAACGAUAAAAAUGAAGCUACCAGAAAAUAGCCCCUGCAUGGAAUUAAUCCGAGGACCUGAGCCGGGACAGCCAAGACCGGGGGUCGGACAGGGGUUCCAGCCAUAUGGCGAGGGUGAAAACACUGAAAUGACUGAGAUGAAUGGAGAGCAGGCGUUUGGGGGUCCACAAAAUUCCGGAGUCGCCGAAGAGUCGUUUAGUUAUCAACGUAAUGGGGAUAAAAUUCGCGGAGGAAGUGUUAGCAGCGGCGGGUUCAGUGAAUACGAUGACGGGGGCGGAGAAUUUGCCAGCGGAAUUAAAAUUAACGAAUGGCAAGCUGCAUGGAAUGUCACCAAUGCCAUCCAGGGAAUGUUUAUCGUCUCUUUACCAUUCGCGGUUCUCCGUGGAGGCUACUGGGCGAUUGCAGCGAUGAUAGGAGUGGCCCACAUCUGCUGUUACACCGGUAAGAUUCUCGUGGAAUGUCUGUACGAGCUGGACCCAGUGACAGGCCAGCGAGUACGUGUGCGUGAUUCGUACGUGGCGAUCGCUAAAGAAUGUUUCGGGCCUCGAUGGGGAGCAAGAGCAGUAAACAUCGCCCAAAUAAUAGAACUCCUAAUGACAUGCAUACUCUACGUAGUAGUGUGCGGAGACCUGAUGAUCGGGAGCUACCCGGAGGGAGCAAUAGACGCGCGAAGCUGGAUGAUGCUGAUCGGUAUAUUCUUGAUACCCUUGGGCUUUCUCAAGUCGCUUCACCACGUCUCUGUCCUCAGCUUCUGGUGCACGAUGGCCCACAUUUUCAUCAACGUAAUAAUUCUGGGGUACUGCAUCCUGGAGAUAGCAGACUGGGGAUGGGCCAAAGUAAAGUGGACCAUCGACAUCGAGACCUUCCCCAUUUCCCUGGGUGUCAUCGUCUUCAGUUACACUUCUCACAUCUUCUUGCCAACUCUCGAGGGUAAUCUGAUCGACCGGUCCAAGUUCGACUGGAUGUUAGACUGGAGCCACAUCGCAGCGGCUCUCUUCAAGUCCGUCUUCGGCUGGGUCUGCUUCUUGACCUUCCAAAACGACACCCAGCAGGUGAUCACUAAUAAUCUUCAUUCAGUCGGCUUCAAAGGUCUGGUAAAUUUUUGCCUGGUCAUCAAGGCUAUCUUGUCCUACCCGCUGCCUUAUUACGCGGCUUGCGAAUUGCUAGAAAGGGCUUUUCUUCGGGGCAGACCCAAGACUAUUUUUCCGACGAUCUGGACAGUAGAUCACGAGCUCAAGGUCUGGGGUCUUGCCUGGCGGGUCGGUGUUAUUGUCUUCACUAUUAUGAUGGCGAUUUUCAUCCCUCACUUCAGUAUUCUGAUGGGCUUCAUUGGUUCUUUCACUGGAACUAUGCUUUCGUUCAUCUGGCCGUGCUAUUUCCACCUGAAACUUAAGAGGAACUCGAUGGAGAUGCGGGAAGUCGCUUACGACUGUUUUGUUAUCGGAUUAGGAGUUGUCUUCGGGGUGAUCGGUGUCUUCGACUCGGGCAAGGCUCUUAUCAAAGCCUUUGAAAUAGGUCUUCCAUUUUAAGCUAGCUUUAUUAUACAUAAAAUACAAAUUAUAUACAUAAAUCAGAAUAUAAAUAUAUAAUAUAUAAAUAGUAAUAUAUUAAUUAUAAAAUUUUAUUUUUUUAAGGGGGGAUUCUGGUCUAGUAGCAUGAAAUUUCAGGUAAUUUUUUAAAAAAAGGCAAUCAAUAUUUUUACUAUUUUUUUUAUGUUAUUUAUUAAC